GGAAAUGGCGCGCUCGGCCUUUCCCUUCCCCUCGCGGCGGGCGUCAGUUUGAGCGGCGCCGUCCGCUCGGAGGGUUCGUGGCAAACGGCUUCAUCCCGGGCCCCCUCGGCCGCCGACCUCUCCCCGCGGUCGAGGAAAGAUGGUGGGCCGGAACAGCGCCAUCGCCGCCGGCGUGUGCGGGGCCCUCUUCAUCGGCUACUGCAUUUACUUUGACCGCAAGAGACGGAGUGACCCCAACUUCAAGAACCGGCUGCGAGAACGAAGGAAGAAACAGAAGCUUGCCAAGGAGAGAGCUGGACUGUCCAAGUUACCUGACCUGAAAGACGCCGAGGCUGUUCAGAAGUUCUUCCUUGAAGAAAUCCAGCUGGGGGAAGAGUUACUCGCUCAAGGGGAGUAUGAGAAGGGCGUGGACCACCUGACCAACGCGAUCGCGGUGUGCGGCCAGCCCCAGCAGUUACUGCAGGUGUUACAGCAGACUCUCCCGCCACCAGUGUUCCAGAUGCUUCUGACCAAGCUGCCAACCAUUAGUCAGAGAAUUGUAAGUGCUCAGAGCUUGGCUGAGGAUGAUGUGGAAUGAGAAACAAAUGUCAACAUGAUCUCAAUUAAAAAUAUUUUUAAAAUCUUGACUUGGAGGAUGAGCAGCUCUGGGGGAAUAAGGGCAAAUACGCUUGCUAUGGACUGUCCUACACUGAAUCUACCAGAGUGGAUUUUUACUUUGUGUAGAUCCAUCUGUCUUUUAUUUAUUUUUCCCAGUGAAGAGUGUAUUUUGAUAGAGAGCUUUUCAUUUUAUAAAUACACUAUGAGUUACCGAAACAUCAUGGAUUUUGUUUAUUCCUAAAACAUGUAAUUAAAAUGGACACAUAACAUCAUAUUAAUGUACAUCCAAAAUAUCUAGUGCUCAGUUUUGAAAGGCAAAAAAAAGCAGGGGAAGGCUGAAGAAGGCACAUUUUAUAAGCUAGAACAUUUGGCUGGAAAUGGGAUUGUGUCUAUCAAAGCUGGGUAUUAAAGUCUUUGAGAUGAUUUCUUUGCAUUUAAUCUCUUAAAUAUGUGAGAUGUGCUGCUGUGCUGUAUUAGCUUUCCCCACCGUGUGUAUCAGUCUGGAAGUGUGUGGUUUAAGGCAGUAGCUACUGUGCUCUGGGUAUUUCCCUGCUGGUCCUGCGGGUACACGUGGUUGCAGGUAGCAUUGGGCACUAGGUCUGUGUGCAUCUAACCUGGCUGCUGGGCCUCCCACUCUCCUCAUGAUGAAGUGAGGGGACUGGUACUCCCGUUCAGAGAAGUGUCCCUCUCAGCUUCUAAUUCAUUUCGUUGUUCAGCAUUAUGAGAUUCAGCCUUCUCCUGAGGAGCAGUCAAGCCUUGCACUUUUUUAUUCUUUGAAUUUUGCAUGCUUGCCUGACUUCGUAUUUCUGAAGAUAUUUUUUAAAGGUAUAAUGUGUUGAUUUUCACUGAAAUCAUGUGCUUUUGUCACUAUUCUUGUAAAUUAAUCUGAAACUUAACCUUUAAGGUACUGAGAUGAUAUGCUUGUAAAAAUGUUUCUUUGCUUUUAUCUUAAUGUACCUCCUUGAUCCUUUAAUCUGAUUCAUUUAUCUUAUGAUUAGAAUAAGGUGGAGCCUGUGGCUGGGGACUUGCAAAGCCUGGAGGUAAUGGACCUCUUGUUUUUGAAACAGUGACAUCGUCUGCGGUCACAGAUCCAGUGUCAGGCCUGCGCCAGGGCCUGGCGUGUGGAACUGAGUGGUGUUUCUCAGGUGGCAGGCUGCCUUCCUUCUGCCUGGACCUCUGUGGGGAGAGCCCAGGCCUGUUCUAUGUGCACUAGGCUUUUUAUCUUGUUUUACUUACAAACCUUUCUUUACCGUGAACUCGGGUUUUGUGGUAGUGGAGGGAGUCUGAAUAUGGUUCUAAUUUCUGCCUAGAGAGCUGCACGGGCUUGGGCAAGUCACAUUGCAUCUCUGAACUUCCAUGUUCUCAUCUAUGAAUUUAGAACUAGGUGACUCACCUCUAAUGACUUCACCUGUAAACUGGUGUGUUGUUUUUUUUUUUUUUUUUUAAUUACACCCAGCAUGCUUUUUGGGGGGAGGGGUGACCAGUACAAACAUGCUGGUGAGUCAGUUUUACUAAUAGGACCCCUGAUCCAAAGCAGGGAGUGGUGGUUGGUCAGUGAUUGGAAACAGUCUUCCCUCCUGCUCCCGCCCAAACAGUGUUCAGAACAGGGGCCGCCUGAAGGAAGAAAGGACUGAGCACAGGGUCAGAGGGAGCACAGGUGGGGAAAGAGCAGGGACCGACCCACAAAAACAGGACUGGCUGGAGGGCUAAGGGUAGCUUAGACAUAGAAGGGUAUGAGGGUAAAUGUGUGUGUGUGUUUGUAUACAUACAUACAUACAUACAUACGUACUAGAGGCCCGGUGCAUGAAUUCGUGCACAGGUGGGGUUCCUCAGCCUGGCCAGUGACCACAGGAGGUUGGCUGAGGGAGUGCACUGACCACCAGGGGGCAGCUUCUGUAUUGAGUGUCUGCCCCCUGGUGGCCAGUGCGCAUCAUAGCAACUGGUCGUAAGGGUCCCUUAGGCUUUUAUGCAUAUAGAAUAUAUAUAUACACAGACAAACAUAUAUUUCCCUGGGCACAUCAUUGCCAAAGUUUCCUGGAACCUGGCAGCCACGUUGACGCAGGCUGAGUGGUGCUCAGCCCAGGCUUGGAACAGGGAUGGCCGCUGCGUGUCCUGUGUGCACGCGUGGCCGCUGGGGGGAACCGUUGGCAAUGGAAAUGAGUGCCCGUGGGCCUGCUGCUUUGGGCAGAGAUCUAUUGUUUGGUUCCACGGUUUAUACUUAAUGGGAAAGAGCAUUUAAAACAGGCCUUCCUGGUGGAUGGUGGCAGUGCCGUUGUAAUGACAUAACUAGGACUCCGUUCACACUUAGCCCUGAGUGCACCUGGUGCAGUGCACACAGCGGGCAGUCUGCCUGCCCUGGCCCCUUUGAGGCAACUGUGGACCAGAGUGUGUGAAUGAAAUGUUACUGCAAAGAGAUUCUGAGAUCAUUGGUGUACCCUGCAGACAUCAUGAAAUUUCCUUUCUUGUAACAUAAAUGCAGUGUUCUGAUUGCUUGUGGCUCACCUGUGUACGUGACGAUUAAAGGGCUUGGAGAAAACGUUGGCUUGGUGCUUAUUUGCAGAAGUGGAUUCUGAAUUGGUGACAAAGUCAUAGUACCCGAGUGUGUGUGGGUUCCAGCAUCUGAGGGUGUUGGCAGCUGGGCAGGUGAGGAUCUUGGUAGUGGUGGCUUCCCACCCUCAGCGGGAGCCAGAGCCCCCUGGAGGCUUGUUAAACAGCUGGCUGGGCACCAGGCUCAUCCGCGCUGCUAACAGUGUCCCAGGCCUUGGAGCUGCUGCUGGUGUGGGGCCAUGACAUGAAUGGGACACGGAUGCUCCGUGGUGGCAUGGAGCACGUGACAGGUGACCUUUAUUAGAGAAUGACUGCUGUGUCCGGUCACAGACGUGCGCUUUAGCUCUGUAACAGGGGGGUUCAAUGGGAUGAGAAGGUCAGCUAACAGAAGCCGCCGGUACUCACCCAGACGUGAAGCAUAGACUGUCGUCCUCAGACUUCAUGUCCAGGAUCGCCAGUCCACUUCAGUGUACGCCAGGAGCGAGGGUUUCUCCAGAAAUGGUCGUCUCCUAGGCAGGACGCCACCUGAGCAGAAAUUCCACUCCGGAGCAUUGUAGCUGUGAGUUUUCAAAUCUGACUCCAGUUUUGUGUUUUGGGGUGAAUCAAAUGUUUCCCCCCCUUUUUAAGUACAAGGUUUCUAGAUCACUAUGAUAUAUACAAUAUUUUUUUCUUCACCUUUUAAAGGCUGCAAUGUGUUCUAGAAACAGCCCAGGAGGCCUCGUGGGGGCACUGAAUCCUGUUCAAUGUCCACUGAUACUGAGGUGUCACGUGUUUUGAUGUAAUACUGACAAAGGAGCUGGGGCUCGAGGCUGGAGGGAGGACAGUGGGGAAAAGUCCGUGGUGUGUGGGCUGCAUGUGCAGGGAGACCGCGACCCCCUGGAGCUGGGCUGAGCUCGGGGUGGGGGAGCCCUGCCUUUGCACACAGCACUGGACAGACGGAACCCAGCGGCCUUGUCUGCUCCUGGGUCGAGGAGGCGUCUUUGGGGGUCCGCAGCCAGCACCUGCCUCCGUUUCCUCAGCAGCACACAGGCAUCGUCCCCAGGGCAGUGGGCACGAUCACGUGACCUCGGGAGGGUUCACAGGGCACCUGCAGUUGCUCACGUCCUCUCCCCGGGAGGAGGGCAGCUCUGGUCCUGGCAGAGGCUGGCUCUCCUGUCACCAGCUGUUUCGGGCCCCUCCCGUAGGGCACGCAGUGGUUUCAGAAGCUCCCAUGGCAGUCCCGUAGGCAGGACUCCAGCAGCAGGUACAGAGACCCACCUGGGAAGGAGAGGCUGGAGCUGGGCGCGGGCAGCUCCGGGGUGUGUAACUCCGUCUCCUCGUGCAGUUAUACCCGCCCAGUGUCGCAUGGCAAAUGGAAGGCUCAGGCUCCCCCACCCCGGCUCUAUUGAGGUACGAUUUACAAAUAAAACUUGUAUGUAUUUACGAUGUACCAUGUGAUGUUUUGAUGUACAUAUACAUGAAAUGAUUACCACCUUCAGUCUGAUUAACAUGUCGCCUCACAGUUACCUUCUUUGUGUUUGUGGGGAGAAUAAAGAUUACUAUACAGA